UCGCAGUAAGGGGGGAUUUUUGUUUUACCGGCACACGUUGUCUUCUUAUGGACGUUUGAAUGUUCCGGAUGGAAGUUAGUCCAAUUGAUGUGAUUCCUUGAAAAAACUGGUUUUAACUCACUAGAAAUAUUUGAAGUUAUUCUAUCCCACACUUUUAAAAUGACUUCCUCUGAUGAUAGGGCCUUGUUGGAAAUCCCUAAACCGGACACUGCCAUGGAACAGGAACUGAAACGACUAUUCCGCGAAGGUUUGGGAAGCCCAAUUCCCAAACACAACAACGACUACCUCCAGCAUGGAAAACCGGUGGACAAUAUUUUCGACAAACGCAAUGAAAGGCCACCCCUCGGAACCAUACCGGUGCGUAACGAUAACAAUCGACAAGCGAAGAAGGACAAGAAACGUCAAUAUGAGCAAGAGAAAGAGCUCAUUGGUGAGGCGAAAGUCGUGAGAAAGAUGCUGCAGACCGCAACCAUCAACCUGAUGACUCGGUACAUCGAGGAAGGUAACUGCGAGGAAAACUUGGCUAACUUACUGAGUGACAACAAAAUCGAACAAUUGCGAGCACUCAUCAACGAGCUGGAAAACUGGGAUGCCGUGGGAACGAUCCCAAAAACGAAAAGCUUCCUCAUCAACUCCAAGCUGCAGCCAUUAUUGGGAAAUAUGCUGGUCAAAAGCAACGAGCAGCUGCAUCUGCUGAAGAUUUUUUUCAAUCAAUUUAAUGAUGCUGUGAAUGAGGUGACGGAAAAUUUCAAGAGAAUUUUGCCGGACCUCAAAGCACCGCUACAUUAUGCAGUCGAACAGAACAACACAGCGUUGCUUGAUUUCCUUCUCGAGCAAGAUCAUCUCGUUGUAAACGUUCGAGAUAAACUAUCCAAAACGCCACUAUUCUACCUCUGUGAAAAGUACAAAGCCUUAUUUGAUCAGAAAUUUAAAACCCAACAGCAGAUGCAGAAAGCUAGAAAGUUGAAAAAUCAAGACGAUAAGCAAAGUUUAAUAAGAGCAAACUCUUGGAAUUUGCACACCCUAGAACAUUACAUUGAGAAGCUUCUGCAGAAGAAAGCUGACUUUAACAUAUGCGACACUCGACUGGUGCUACCGUACGAUCUUUUGUUGGCUGUGGAUGCUGAAGAGGCAAACGAAUUUCGAAGCAGGUGUAUUCAGUUACAUGAUGGUCCACUUGCGUCUGUGCAGUUUAAGAAGAUGUCCAGGGAAGAUCGUUCGAAACAAUCGGAGAAAACCGUUAGAAUGGUAACAUUUUACCCCGAGGAAGAAAAGGACAAUGCUAGAGUGUCUAUAGAGCUGUUGGAAAUUUAUCUCCGAUUCAAACAAUUGGAAAUGUUCGAUAAGAAUUUAGCCAAACUCGAGAUGAACAAGGAGGAAACCAUCCGAGGCGUGAUAAGUUUGCUACUCCACAGUGCCGUGUCGCAAGAUUUAGGAGAAAUGGUUAAAAAGAUCAUCGAACACACUGAAGAUAAAAUAUUCAGAAUUUCCAGGGGGCAUUCAGAACUGGUAGUAGAAGAGAAUUUAAGUGCUUCCAAGGAAUUGUACUAUCGAAAAGAGUUCAAAGGUCUGUUGCGAAAGGCGUGUGAUAAUGGAAAUAUAGGGAUGGUUAAUCUUCUUUUGAAGAAAAUUAAAGAUCGUGAGUUGAUAAAUGAUGAUCCCAUACUGGUGACAACAAUUACCAAAGCCCAGAAUAUACGUCACAGACCAGAGGAACAUGAUAAGUUGCUCAAAUGUGUUGAGGCACUGAUCGAGAAAGGUCAGAAGAUCUACAUAACUCGCAGCGAUAAGUUUGGCAACACUGCCCUUCAUGUCGCAGUUAAGUAUGGCUACACGGAAAUAGCCCUUAAACUUCUGCAUCAAAAGAAUGCCUAUCUUGGGAUGAGAAAUGAGCUUGGACAAACUCCGCUACACUUGGGAGGGUAUGAAUUCUGGAAGAAGUAUUUUGAUCAGUGCCUUUCGUUGGACCGAGAAAAAAGUGUCGAUAGAACUGAGGUUGUUUUCGAUUUCCAUGGCUUCCGAAUCAACAAAGGGUUUCAAAAACCGAAGAAAAUGUUAUCCGACGAUGCACGAAACACAUUGCAAAAAACAGUUGAUGAAAUAAUGGCUUUAAGCUAUGAUGAUAACGCCAACAGAUGGCAACAUAUUAUGAAUCGCACAAAUGCAUUGCUAAAUUGGAUCAAAGAAAAACGUCUUAAAGGGUGUGCCAAAAUAUCGGAGCUGGUGCUAGAAGCUACGGCUAGCAAUGUAACCAGAAUACAGAAAAACGCUUCGUCAACUGAAAUCGAACCAAUCAUGAUAAUUGCCGAAACAGAGGAACUGAAACGACUGCUUCUACAUCCGGUAGUGCACACUUUUAUACUAAUUAAAUGGAAACGUCUAUCCGCGAGUCGAUUGAUCAACGUUUUUUUCAUGCUUCUAGCAUUGCUUUGCUUUAGCGCAUAUUCAUUACAAGUUUGCGUUGACGAAAGUGGCUCUGUGAUUCUAAGUGUACUUUCUUUUGUCGGGAUCGUUUUUCUGAUUCUUAGAGAGGUCCUGCAAGUUUUUAUGCUUCGUAUGAAAUAUAUCUCCUGGAUGGAUUUAGCGGAAAACAUGUUCGACGUGAUGUUGAUUGUAUUCAUGAGCUCAGUACUCAUCAGAGGUUGCAACACUAUAUUCUCCUCAUUAACUUCCAUUAUUUUUGCAAUGCAACUGCUUACACUGCUACCGUUCAAGAAUUCUUCCACGUACAUGUAUAUGUUUAAAAUAGUCUCGAUUAAUUUUAUAAAAAGUCUGCUGCAUUUCACCCUGCUUCUGAUAGCUUUUAUCUACAGCUUCUAUCUAUCCUACAAUGGUCACGGGAAAGUAGAAAAACAACAGUCAAACAAAACUUCAGUGUCCAAUGAGUCAUCCGAAAACGCUGGAAACAACUCUGCUGAAGACUCCAGCUCCUUCAACAGUUUCCCUUCGGUGCUGGAAGCAUCCCUCAAAACUUUAGUCAUGACCAUCGGCGAAAUUGAUGCUUCCUCCAUGAAACUGGCACCGGAGCAAAUGGUCGUGCUCGUGUUGUUCAUCUUCUUCGCCACAAUUGUCAUCAUGAAUCUCAUCAACGGUUUGGCAGUCAGUGACAUUGCAGCUAUUCAGAAGGAAUCGAAAAUCGUGAACACCAUGAAGAAGGUCUUCGUUUUGGAACGGUACGAGCAAGGCAUCUAUCGAACUCCCUUGAGGCAACUGCUGUGCAAAGCCGAGAGUCUCAAACAGGGAACACGAUUAAAAUCUCUGGUUGCCCACGUUUGUCCGGAUACAUUCUUCGCCAACUACAAAAAUGCUAUCGUACGGCCUCGGGAGCUGGGCAAAGUUUUGGUCACCCUAGCAUCCGUCCCAAAACCCGAACCUAGUACGGUAGUUCAAAUGAUGGACGAAAAGAAAUCGGAACCUCCCAUCGAAAGAAGGUUGAAAUUGUUAUCGAAUCUCCCGUUCGAUUGGUUCAGAACUGAUAGAAACAGUGGAGUCUUUUUGAAUUUGGGUUUCUACAAAUUUCCACUGUUUUUAGCUCUAGAUGAGGAAACUUUGAAGUCGAUUCACAAAAUUUGUAACAGCCGUGGAAAUUCGAUUCGAGAUGAUGACUCCUAG